CCCCUCUCGCCCUCCAUUUCUUCAACGUUUUCCCGUUCUGCGUUGGUCUCUUGCUCUUGCGCGGUGGUCCUUGUGGCCUCUGCUGCGGGCCCGUCCUCGUCCCUUGUGUGUGCGUCUCCGUCUCCUUUGCGUUGGUCUUCUCGCGCCGCAGUGCCGCGCGUGCCUUUCUUAGCGGUCUUGCCUUCGUCCACUUCGUCGGGGUCCUCUUCC